CUUGUUCCUCGGGGCAUGGAGAUUCGUUAAUUGUGGAUGUAAGCUUCACACAGACUUGUCAGCGACCUGCAGUCUGGCUGGAGAUGUGUGAGAGGAAACAAAAAAAAAUCCUGAAACUGUGAGUCGUGUAGAGAUCGGGGGUAGCUCGCCAGCUGUUCCAUUUAUUGAACCUAAUGGCUUCAGACACUUGUUUGCAUCGAUGGGAUAUAUUCGCCUUUUGGAUUUACAUUCUCGUGGGAGGACAAUAAAAGACUUUAAAUUAGAAUACACGAAUAUCACUAAAAGGCUGCUUUAAACGCCACCAAACGCUGUACAACGCACCCUCUACCCCCACUAUCCCACCUCACGACAUAUGAAGAAGUGUUUGCUCAUGACGGGGACGCACACAGUACACGCUGUUUUCUUCCAGCACCUUUGCACGGUGCUGUGAGUUUCUGGCCGGAGACAGUCUGACGCUGCGCAGCCGGGGCAUGCUGAAGAGCCGCUGCUGCGUCCUGCUCGGUGACCUGCGGGUGCUCCUGCUCGGGCCACCGGCACCGCCGACACCGCUGCCUCCGCUGACCCCCAUGAGCGGCCAAACUACUGAAAGCCACGAGACUGCCGUCGUCGUCCCCGACAACAACAACACGUUAACGCGGAGCCACCAGCACGCAGGGGACCGGGUCGCCCCACCUGCAGCAGGAGCCACCGGGCCACCGGGCGGAGAGCGAGCGGGCUGGGUUGAUGCUGCAGAGCUGUCGGCUGCCCUGCGCGGCUGCAGCAGCUCCUCUGAUGACUGCUCGAAGGGCAAACUGGAGGAGAGGUUCUCCCUCACCAGCUACACGGAAAGUGGCUUCAGGACGCCCGUGUGCAGGAUCUGCUUCCAGGGACCAGAACACGGGGAGCUCCUGAGCCCGUGUCGGUGCUGUGGGUCAGUACGCUGCACCCACCAGCCCUGCCUCAUCAAAUGGAUCAGCGAGAGAGGUUCCUGGGCCUGUGAACUCUGCUACUACAAAUAUCAGGUCAUUGCCAUAAGCACCAAGAACCCACUACAGUGGCAGGCCAUCUCUCUGACAGUGAUAGAGAAAGUGCAGAUAGCAGCGGCCAUCUUGGGCUCCCUGUUCCUGAUGGCCAGUAUCUCCUGGCUGGUGUGGUCGUCUUUCAGCCCGUCAGCCCGCUGGCAGCGCCAAGAUCUGCUUUUCCAGAUCUGCUACGGCAUGUACGGCUUCAUGGAUGUCGUCUGCAUCGCGCUAAUUGUCCAUGAGGGACCUUCUGUGUUUCGUAUCUUCCACCGCUGGCAGGCUGUGAACCAGCAGUGGAAGGUCCUGAAUUACGAUAAGUCUAUGGACAGCGAGGACCUGAAGAACUCCACUGUGGACAGGACUGUGUCUCAGCCCAGCCCGGGCUAUCAGACUGGGGUAGGAGUGUCCACCUCCACCUCUUCGCUGAUGGUGGUAGCCUCCACAGCCGCUGGCUCCACUUCUACAACCGUGGUGACGGCCGCAGGAGGACUGGGAACACAUGUGGACCCCAGUAGCGGCAGCACAGUGCCGGACCAACACUGUCCCUACAACAUCCUCCACCUCCUCAGCCACCUGAGGCAGCCGGAGGCUCGCAGCCAACCCAGCAAUAGCACACGAGAGCUGGUCAUGAGAGUCACUACAGUCUGAGGAGUCAGUUGAGGCCUUAUCUCACAUGGAGAUGAAAGAUUUAUGAACCAGCUGACAGUUGACAAAAAAAAUCUUAUCGUAACUGCACUGGAUUAAUACCAUGUUGUUGUUUGUUUCAAAAUGCAUCUCUGAUGUCCAUACAUGGAUUGAAUAAAAGUCAAAGUUGUUUGAUUUG